AUGAAUAUCGAGGAGCAAAAUGCCCGUUUCGUCGCUCUUGAUGACAAGAUCAAUGAUCUUGCGGCUCAGCUCACCCAAUUUGCCAGUGAUAUGAGGGCCGCGUUAAUAGCACCAAAUGCUGGUCAAGUUGCACCUCAAACUGUUCCCGAGCCCGUAGAAGGACCCGCGAGAAGGAACGUUAUUGAAGAGGCAUUGGGUUCUACACCUGUAGUGGUCGAACUAGACCCUAUUUCGGAAGCCAUCACUGCCCGUUUGGAGGAAGAACACAACAAAAGGUUCGCGAAGAUAGAAGAGAAACUCCGUUCGCUACGAGGAUACGAAGAGCACAUGAUCGAAGAUUUGUCUCGAUAUGCACAGAUGAGCUUUCCUGAAAAGUUCAAGAUUCCCGAUUUCACUAAGUAUGAUGGGACUGGAGACCCAAAGAUCCACUUGAAGUACUAUUUGAACAGAAUGGCGAGGUAUGCCCAGAAUGUCCCAUUAAUGGUUCAGACUUUCCAAGAGAGUUUGACGGGGCCUGCAUUGCAAUGGUAUGUGUUGUCAGAGCUUGAGAAGUUCAAAAAGUGGGAGGAGUUGGCUGAGGCUUUCGUCUUGCAAUACAAAUACAAUACAGAGAUAGCCCCCACACGAGAAGUGCUUACUCGAACCGAAAAGAAACGAAGUGAGUCUUUCAGAGCCUUUGCUCAAAGAUGGCGUACUCUCGCCGCUCAAGUUCGACCCCCGCUCAGCGAAAAGGAGCUAGUGGAUCUUUUCCUCAAGGCCUUACCUGGUGAUUUCUAUUUAAAGUUGGUGGGUUCUGGAUGCUUGACCUUCUCUCAGCCGGUAGAUGUCGGAGAGAGGAUAAAGGGGGCUAUGCAUGAUGGUAGAUUGAGCGAAGGGACUAGUCGAAAGGUCCUGAAUAGAAAAGAAAAGGAUGUGGAGAUCGCGUAUGUACAAGCGCCGGUUGUGACAAGGCCCCCUGCCUCGUCCUCCCAAGGCCCGUCUAUGUUUCGAGACAGGGCAUAUUAG